UUUGUGACACAUAGAUAUGGCAAGUGUGAAAGUCAUUUCAACAAGUACAAUCCAUGCAGCAAACAAAGCUUCAACGGUGGAGGAGGAGAUUCAGUUAACUCCAUGGGAUCUCCAACUCCUCCUAGUUGAUCCCAUUCAAAAGGGCCUCCUCUACCGUAACGACCCGGUCACUCCACCGAUCACAAUCCAACACCUCAAACAUUCCCUUUCAUCCACCCUUUCUUUCUUCCCACCUCUUGCGGGCCGCCUUUCCGUUACGGAACAUGACGACAACACUUCCUCCGUUUCCGUUAUUUGCAACAACUCCGGAGCGCUGUUUGUCCAUGCAGUUGCGGGUGACUACUCCGUUAACGAUAUCGUUAGUUCCGUUUACACUCCACACUUUGUGCACUCUUUGUUCCCGCUCAACAGGGUUAGAAACCACGAAGGAACAACCAAGCCGUUGUUGGCGGUUCAAGUCACGGAGCUCAACGACGGUUACUUCAUCGGGUGCACCAUGAACCACGUUGUUGGAGACGGAACUUCCUUUUGGCAUUUCAUGAACUCGUGGGCUGAGAUCUCACGUGGUUCGGAAAAAUUGUCCAAGCCUCCCGUGCUUGAACGCUGGUUCCUUGACAGCGGCCAUGGCUGCUCCGCGUCUGCCAUACGGGUUCCUUUGACGAAGGAGAAGAUGAUCCAAAGUGGUUACUACGGUUUCGUCUCAGAACUGCAACGCGAGAGAGUUUUCCAUUUCAGUAAAGACAAGAUCGCUGAGCUCAAGACAAAAGCCAAGGCAGAAAUUGAAGGCGAAAGCAAAAACAAAAUAUCUUCGCUGCAAGCGCUUUUGACUCACCUGUGGAGAUCCGUGGUUCGGAACCAGGGUCUUGAGCCCGACGAAGAGGUGAAUUACAGGUUGCUGAUAGGUGGUAGGGGGAGAAUGAAGAGUCCGGCAUUGGCGGAAAACUAUUUUGGGAAUGCGGUGCAGGAUGGAACAGUGAGCAUGAAGGUUAAAGAGCUUCUAGAAGGAGGGCUUGGAAAGGGUGCGUUGGAGAUGAGAAAGAUAGUUGAUUUGCACACGGAGGAGAAGAUGAAGAGUUAUUAUAGGGGUUGGGUGAAGAACCCUAGGCUUCUGACGGAGGGAGGGAUGGCUGGCAAUGCUUUAGUGACAAGCAGUUCGCCAAGGUUUGAUGUUUAUGGGAAUGAUUUCGGGUGGGGGAAACCGGUGGCGGUGAGAAGCGGAGCGGGGAACAAGAGCCAUGGUAAGAUAACGGUUUUUGCUGGGGCGGAAGAUGGUGUUGACAUUGAGGUUUGUCUUUCCUAUGAGAUAUUGGAAGCUAUGGGUAAUGACCGUGGAUUCAUGGAUGCCGUCUCGCUCCGCCGCCUAAUAUCAAAUUGAACUUUUUCUAUCAAUUAAUUAAAGUCAUUAUCUUAUGUUUAAGUGUUUAAGUGUUUAACUCGUCAAUCAUCCACCCCCUCGUCAUUGAUGAAUAAAGUGCAAU